ACGUUUUUGAAAACAUUUAUUAUGCCAAAAUGAGCAACCAACAACCAAAUUAGCAACAAACUCUUCAGUUUACAAAAUGAAUCAGUUUGUAAUUAUUAAUAAGCUGAAUUAAUUGGCUGAAAACAACGCAACAGUCAGUUGAAAACUUUGAAGUAGCACAGCUCAAAAUGCUGAAACAUACGAUUUACUGAUCGAAUAAAGAGCCAUUCGCAUAAAUUAUAUUUACCAGAAAAUAUCUUUUACUUGAUGAGCUUUUACCAAGAUGAACGUGGCAGCAAUUGCCAUAUACGUUUAAAAAGUUUUAAAAACUAGUAACAAUAUAAGAAUUAUAAGAAUAGGUUAAGCUAAGCAAUCUGUAUUGGUAAUAAAAAUAUAAAGCUGAAUCUAAAUGCAAACUCGUUCAAGAUAUGCAUCCUUUGCAUCUUUUGAAUUCAGAAAAAACCCAGAUGCGAUUAUUGCAUUCUGUCUUGCAAGUUUGAAACACUGUUUUGUAUAUAUGGAUCUUAAAGACAAUAAAAAAAUAAGUUCAAAGAAAAUAGCAGACAAUUCUGAGUUAAAUAUACCUUGUCGUAACCUAGGCGAAAGUGAUUUUGAAGGAUGGCUUAUGAAAAAAGCUGGUGGUCAUGGCUUAAAACCGAUUAGCUGGAAAAAAUAUUGGUGUGUUAUAAAGUCAGGGAAUAUUUAUUGCUACAAGACAUCAUUUGAAAGUAGUGCUGAUUAUAUCUUAGCAAUCAAAAAAUUUUCUAUUGAAGAUGCUGAUGAAAAAAAGAAAAUCGCAUUUCGAAUGAAACCACAUGAGGAGAAUUCAAAAUCUUUAAUUUUUGCUGGAGAUAGUGAAACAGAUGUUAAAAAAUGGAUCGAAAUGAUAAACCUAGUCAUUUCUGGAGUUGACAUUUCACUUAAAAAAAGUAAUUUAAAAGAUGUUAUACCAGAUUAUGAAGAACGAAAAAGGCUCUAUAGCUCAAAACAACCAAUAAAGGAGCGUAAGCAAUAUCGAGCUUCAGCAUACAUUGCUGCUGAAAAAGAGACAACUGCAUUGACAGGAGGAUUUAAUACACGUAGGGGAAGCUUUAAUCCACAAGUUAAACCUUUGAGCAAUACACCUGAAACUGAUGAUUGAGACAAACAUAAUAAAACAGAAGUUUUUUGGGCAAAAUUCUUUAAAAAAAGAAAACGGAAACAGCUCAAAACGUUAGCGAAUUUCGAUUAACUUAACUUCGAACUAAAACUUCGAUUAUCUCAGAAAUUAUUACUGUUGAAAUAUUUAUUAACUCAGAAAAUUUGAAAUGCAAUAUUUAAGAUUUGUUUGCUGCUGAUUAUGUAUGGCGUUAAAUGGCGAAAUCUUUCAAUGAUUUAAAAAUAUAUAUGAAUUGUUAUUAGGAGCAUAUAAAGUAUAAAACACAAUUUAUAUAUAU